AUGGCAGAUUGUGGAGAAGCAAUAUCUGCAAACGAUGGGACGUGGACUAACAAGCAGCAACAGUUAUUGGUAAAAGAUGGAGGAGCAUCAAAUAAUCAGCCACCAUCAACCAAGUUUAUCAACUGGCAGCAGUGCCUAAUGAUAGCUCUCAACAUAUUUUUCCUUCUUGUUGGUCAAGCUACUGCUGUUCUACUAGGCAGAUCUUAUUAUAACCAUGGUGGAAAUAGUAAAUGGAUGGCUACCAGUACUCAAACAGCAGCUUUCCCUAUCCUUUUAAUCCCAUAUUUUCUUCUCCCAUCCUCCUCCUCCAAAGACCCUUCAUCUCUGUCUAACCCACAGUCUAUCUGUACUGUUUCUUUUGUCUACAUUGGUCUUGGUGUUCUUGUUGCAGGAGAUAACUUGAUGUAUUCUGUUGGGCUUCUGUACCUCUCGGUCUCUACUUACUCCCUCGUUUGUGCUACUCAAUUGGCCUUUAACGCAAUUUUCUCUGUCGUUAUUAAUCAUGAUAAGUUUACUGCUUUGAUUCUGAAUUCUGUUGUUGUACUUUCAUUAUCUUCGUCUCUUAUUGGCAUCAAUGAUGAUUCUGAUGGGCCUUCAGGAGUCUCUAAGGCAAAAUAUAUCAUUGGAUUUGUAUGUUCCCUUGGAGCUUCUGCUCUGUAUUCACUUGUACUAUCCCUAAUGCAGCUCUCAUUCGACAAAGUUUUGAAAAAGGGAACUUUUUUUGUGGUUUUGGAAAUGCAAAUUUAUACAUCAGCUGUAGCUACUUGUGCAUCUGUCGUUGGCCUUUUUGCGAGUGGGGAAUGGAGGACCUUAGAGGGAGAAAUGAAUGUUUAUGAUACAGGCAAAGUUUCUUAUGUGAUGACUUUGGUGUGGACAGCUGUGGCCUGGCAAGUCUCCUCUUUGGGUGGAGUAGGCUUGAUUUUUGUGGUGUCGUCUCUGUUUGCUAAUGUUAUCGCUACUCUAUCCUUGGCUCUUAUUCCUAUUGCUGCUGUGAUAGUCUUUCAUGACCAGAUGAAUGGGGUAAAGAUAAUUGCUUUGCUAAUGGCUCUUUGGGGUUUUGCAUCUUAUAUGUAUCAGAACUAUCUUGAUGAUGUUGAGGCAAAUAAGGAGCAAGCUGUUGUUGAUGGUGCCACUGAUGGUUCUUCUGAUUGUUAA